UUUAUAAUAUGGGACCUUUAAAUUAAAGCUAAUAGCUAUUAUAAUUGUUAAAUUAUAGACUGAUUGUUGCUGGAGUUUGAAGAGUUUGAGGGUUAAAUGUUCAGAGCAUGUUCAGGUUUUGGAUCAAAUUGCGCGUAAAAGUUUUGUGGCAACAUUUGCGCACAUUUUACGCACAGGUUUUUUGUUUUUUUGGAGAGAGAGGUUGGAGGUUUGCAGGGGGGCGUGGUGUGACACCGACAGCCUGAUGACUCUGUGGAUUCACUCAUGCAUGGUCACACAAUGUGACAGUCCAGACAUGGCUGGAAACGGGAGGCAGCUCCGUUUAACCACCGAGUUAACCGAGCAGCUCCAUCUCCAAAGACUCCCUGCUGACUCCAAAAACUAACUACAACAACAGGAGAAACACUUUCACUUUUACGCGCAAAGUUGGAGACAAACAAAGCCAGACAAGACUGGAGAAGUUUGUGCAUGAAUAAGUUUAAGAAGCAGCAUUUUAAAAGAGUUGUUGUGCUGACAGAGAGAAGACAGGUUUUUGGGUUUCAGGUCUCUGCAGCAGCUUUUCAACGCACUCAAACGAUGGCACCAAUGAUGGCAGAUGGAUUUGCAUGAAGGAUGUGAUCAGGUGUCAUACAUAUUGUGAACCCUAGUCGAUGGAUUUAUUACCUUUAAUACAAGAAUAUUUUACCUGUACUUUCUCCAUAGGCUAGAAAUCUUGAAGCAUGGGCGACUGGAGCUUUCUGGGGCGGCUGUUGGAGAACGCUCAGGAGCACUCAACGGUCAUCGGCAAAGUCUGGCUGACUGUCCUCUUCAUCUUCAGGAUCCUGGUGCUGGGGGCGGCGGCCGAAGAGGUCUGGGGCGAUGAGCAGUCCGACUUCACCUGCAACACCCAGCAGCCCGGUUGCGAGAAUGUCUGCUACGACGAGGCCUUCCCCAUCUCGCACAUCCGCUUCUGGGUGCUGCAGAUUAUCUUCGUGUCCACGCCGACCCUCAUCUACCUGGGCCACGUGCUACACAUCGUCCGCAUGGAGGAGAAGCGGAAAGAGAAGGAGGAGGAGAUGCGCAAAGCGAACAGGUUCCAAGAGGAGAAAGAACUCCUUUAUAGAAAUGGUGGAGGAGCUGGAGGAGGAGGAGGAGGCGGCGGCGGCAAGAAGGAGAAACGGCCAAUCAGGGACGAGCACGGCAAAAUCCGUAUCAGAGGCGCGUUGCUGCGUACCUAUGUGUUCAACAUUAUUUUCAAGACCCUGUUUGAAGUGGGAUUCAUUUUGGGCCAGUAUUUCCUCUAUGGCUUCCAGCUGAGGCCCCUGUACAAGUGUGCACGUUGGCCCUGCCCCAACACCGUUGACUGCUUCAUAUCGAGGCCCACUGAAAAGACUAUUUUUAUUAUAUUUAUGCUUGUGGUGGCUUGCGUGUCUCUUUUGCUGAAUUUGUUAGAGAUCUAUCACCUCGGAUGGAAGAAAGUUAAACAGGGCAUGAGAAAUGAGGGUGCCCCCGACCGCGAGUCGCUGCGCCGCGUCAACAUUGCAGAGCCCGAGUGCUUGGCCUCGGCCUCCAGAACUGCCCCAUCCAGCCUCAGCUACCCUCCUAACUACACGGAUGUGACGGCGGGCAGCGGGGCGUUCCUGCCGCCCAUGGGGGCGGCGGCCGUGCCCUCGGCGGCGGAGUUCAAGAUGGACGAACUCCAGCAGGAGGAGUCGCUACGCCAGCCCUCCCCCUCGUCCCACUACUACAUCAGCAACAACAACAACCACAGGCUGGCCACGCAGCAGAACUGGGCCAACCUGGCCACCGAGCAGCAGACUCGGGAGAUGAAGGCCACCUCCCCCUCCCCAUCCUCCUCUUCCUCCACUAGCACUGACAAGGAGCAGCGGCCUGUCGACGCUGCGCUGCUCCCUCUGCCCAGCAACACCACCAGUAACACCAACAACACCAACUCGACCGCCACUGCCGCCUCCAGCAGCGGCAGAAGCAGCAGCCGCGGCGCUGCGUCCAACGCAGGCAGCUGGAGCGGGGGGAAGAGCGAGCAGGAGGAAGGCCAUGUCACCACCACCACCGUGGAGAUGCACGAGCCUCCAGUAACGGUCAGCACAGACCCUCGGCGGCUCAGUCGGGCCAGCAAGAGCAGCAGCAUCAGGGCCAGGCCGAGCGACCUGGCUGUCUGAAUCUCUUCAGCCCUUUCAUGUCCCUAAACCCUCCCUGACCAACACCCUGCUGCCACAAAACCCCACCCCCCAAACACAGUGAUCCUCAGACAAAAAGAAAUCUCACACAUGCAUAAAGCAAUAAAAAAUUAAAUAAAAAAGAAGGCUAGGUGACAAGAGAGGUUUAGGCAAAUGUGAAAUGACUUGAUCGGCAGCAGUCGUUGAUUUAGUGCAAUCGGUGAGUUGCAGAGUAGUUGAGGCAAGGUUUGUUGUUUUUUGGAUGGUCUUAAUUUAUGCACACAAAAUGUGAUCAUGCAGUGCUACGAAGCCAGAAGGCUCUGCUCACAAGCGGUGGACGGAGCGAAGGACAUUGUGAUGUCAUAAUUUUGCAUCAAAAUGGACAAACGUGUUUGGUUUUGGGGGGAAGAUCUCAUGAUGUUUUUCUUCUUUUUGUUGAGCCUAAAAGGACUAAAUUACUACAAAUGAAAAUGAUCAUUUGUCAAAACUGGAUAUUUUAUUUAUUUAUUUUUUUCCUGGAGGAAGCACAGGUAGCUGGCAUUGUUGUACAGAUCACUUAUUCGACGCGUCGCCAGACAAUUCCCACAUAUAUCUUGUUUUUAUCGGCACACGUGUCGCACUACAUGUCGACAGCUUGUUCCAGCGUUUGUCCUUUGACCUGGAAGGUCUUUUUUGUUGCAGCACUUCCUGAAUUUUACCAAACAAAACACCUGUUGUGUUAAGAAGAAGAAAUUUCAUCAACAAACAUUACAUGUGUUCCUUGUAGUUGUGCAUGCCAGCAUGUGCAACCCUACAACUCACCGAUUCACUGACAGAUUUGCAUGGCAAAGCUUGGUUGUUACCCAUGAUCCAUUGCAGCAAAUUGAGAUGGAAUGGAUAGUAAUGGACUGAUUUGCUGGUAGAAGUCAUCCCCUGUGAUGCCCAGAAUGCACCUGGGUCUCUACGAGCACUGCAUUGUAAAUCGAAACGUUCCCACCAUGCUGUUAGAGUCCUUUACUACCUGCCUCCGUCAGCGUCGCCUUCAAUCAACAUGUCUGAAAAGAGAAACGCUCUCCAUUAACUGCACAAAUCACAAGAUAUUGCCUUCAAAGAAUCUUGAAGAUAUUAUGCAAAUACACGGCAGCCACCAUCUGAUAUAAAGAAUAACAAUAUUCUCCUUGUUCAUUCAGAUAAAAAGCUCUUUGGUUCGACUUGUUUUAGUUAGAAAGUUGGCAGAUAUUUUUUGCCCUCAAACUAACAAUACCCCUUUUUAAAUCAUCACACCUAAAAGUUUGAGAGCAACUUUAAAUAGUUUUCACCGUCACACAUUUCACGUGCUUCUUCAUUGGUUUUAUUCUGAAAAGUGCUAUUUUUUUAAAUUGAAUUUGACUCAUAAAUUGCAUACUUGUAGUAGUCAGUUUGUGAUUGCGAAACGAUUAAAAAAAAAAAACCAAGACUUGGCGUUUGCGAGUAUCAAAAAACGCCAAACGGUGCAGUCGACCUCGACGGCUUCUAUUUUGUUGUGUUCAUCUUGAUUCUUAGAGAUCUUUAGAAACCCAAACUUUUAACUGAAUUCAUCAGCAGCCCACAGUCCUCUGUCUCUGUUGUGUUAUUGUGCUGUUUGGUUCAUUCACAACCCCAGGCACUCACUUUACAGCAACCUUAAUCCACGGUUUUAUCCUGUGAGUUCACCUCCGCUGCAGUUUUAAAGUGCACAGUAAGACUGUGUGAAAACUCAAUAAUCUGCAUCGGACAUAUUGCACUCACGGGGCAGAACAACACGAUUAAGUACUAAUAUGUUUGUGCACAAUAUGCAAUAGGAACAAUACUUUUCCAGCAGUUAAUGUGCAGGUUAAUACACCAGAGUAAGAGCAAAAGUGGUACCCGCUGUUUAUUUUUAUUUUAUUUUUAGGAGGGGCGGGGGUUACAAAAUGAUGGUACUGUAUGGUGUAAGAGUAUCUGUACCCAUAAAGGUAUAACGUCUCAUACUCUACUUACAUUUAGUGCAAACAGAAACACAGAGAGGAGAAUAAACACCUACACAACUACGCAUUAAGUAAAAGCAGCCUUUCCCAAUCCAUGUUUCUUGUUCAAAAUGACAAAAAAAACGUUAUCCGCAUUUGUUUUUGAUCCCUAAAAAGUUUACAUUUUGGUAGUUGAUAAAGAUUUGCACAUUUAGGAAAAGAAAAAUUGCUGUUUUACAAUGAUAAUAUUGGUAGUAGUAGAGAGAGAGAGAGAGAGCGAGAGAGAGAAAGAAAGAGAGAGAGAGUGAGAGCGAGCGUGACGAGAAAACUGCCAAUCUCUAUGAUCCUCAAAGGAAUAAAAAUGUCUUAAAAUUAUAACGCAGAAAAGGCAGUACUAAUUUAUUUAUCUCGAGCUCAGAUGAGUUUGAAGAUUUAAAAAAAGAUAAAAAAGCGCGAGAGAGAAAAACCAGUUGGGGUAUUUUUCUGUGUUCACUCAGUAUGUUCUCACAGACUGGACGUAUCGGACGACGCCACUGUUGAGACGAUGUUAGCUGGGUAGCUGGCCCUUCCCUCACCCCGCAUACGAAAGCCCUGACAGGAUGUUGUGUUCCAAGCCCGUCGUCCCCCGUGACUCCUCCAUAACUCUCUCCUCUUACGUUUCAUGCAGAGCAUGAUUUCUCUGGCUCGUCAGGGAGUACAGGAACCAUCUCACGAUGCUCAGAACAGCAACCUGUUUUCAAUGCUGUCUUAAAACAAGAGAAGUGCCUUGUGUAUGAAUGAUUCUUUUGUAAGAACAAGUUGAUGUAAAUGUUCAUUUACCUCAAAUGUUUACAAAACUGUUACUAAAUAAAUUUUUUGUACCAUA